UCCCGUGGGUUCGAAUCCAGCUCCAAAGGGCAACUUUAUUGCGCUUUAUUGCCUGCCGCCUCCUCCCCCCUCUUUCUCCUCACGCUGAGGCGAUUGCGCCCGCUGUUCCUGCCGGGCCCCGGCUCUUCCCUGGCUCUCCCCUCCCUCCCCGCCGCGCCCCCAGCCCGCCUGCCGCCUCAGCCUUCGCCUCAGAGCUGCGCCCCUUUCUCUCGCUGUCUCAGCCGGCCCCCCUCCGCUCCCGCCGCCGCCGCCGUCGCCGCCUCAUGCUCAAACGCCCGCCCGCUUUCCCCCCUUCCUUUCCCUUCCCUUCCAACUCGUUCAGCACCGGCCGCGCAUGAGCAGGGCGGGCGGCGGCGCCGCGUCAUUCCCCGGCGCAGGCCGCGCGCGCAACGCCCUCGCUCUUUUUCCCCCCAACCCCAUCCCCCCCUACACGCCCCGCUUUGGUUUCGCCCGCUCGCGCGCCCCCUCCCCUUCUCAGCGGGACUGUGGCAUGUCCUAACACAAAAAGGGGGGGGGGGGGGGAGAAAGACAGAGCGAGAGAGAGAGAGAGAGAGGGGGGGGGUCAAGCAAGUCCGCUCUGCUCCCCCUUGAGAGCGUUUAGCAACACGCUGAGGAGAAAAGGAACCACCCAAACAAUAAUCGGUAUAAGAAAAAGUACUGGUAUUGAUGAUUUUCCCCUGCUUCAAUCAAGAGAAGUAUUUUCCCAAUCUUCUAUGUUUCUAGCAUCAAAGCAAGAAUUUCUGACCAACGUAAGUCCAGUCUUGCUGUCAACCAGAGCACCAUGUUCAGGUUUUUGCCAAGGGACUAGUUCAAGAAUACACAGCAUAUGCUUGUAUAUUCAUGAAAGCUCCAUGUGCUGGAAUAUCCACAAAAGCUUGCUCUGUUUAGAUACAACUAAGCAUGCCGUCACCUACAUAAUGUAGUGAGCAUUGAUAUCACAGCAUUUUUUUUAAAAGUAUAAAUUUAAAUUUUUGAAAAGUUAUUUGUUCUUUGGUGCUUCAAACAACAAUCUUACAACCAUCAGUGAACAACUAAACUACUUGUUUGAAAUGUCCUGUUUUCAUCCAUCAACUGCCAAAUGAAAUGUUCAUCCAGGAAUGAAGAAGGUACUUUCAGGAGAGCCAGAUGUACCAUUGGGCCAAGGCAACAGCUUCAGAUGCCAGAUGCUGGAGGGCAGCGGUGGAGUCACACAGAUGUUCUUCAUGAAUUUUAAGGAAGACAUGGCGGAGAAAAACCCAAGGCAUCAAACAAGCUGCCAACCUACUCACUCUCUUUUCCUAGACGGAGACUUGAUUUCCAGAGAAAGGCAGGCAUCCCAUUCUUAGUCAGCUGAGAUGACAUUUCAGCACUUCAAACAGUCAGUUCAACUGGGUGGCAGGGAAGACACGACAGACAGCCAGAACCUGCUGGAAAACGUUCAUGACCUUGCUUCAGCUUCAAUGCUCAUUCAGCCCAGACAAAGGCCAGAGUUACUAGAUGUGACAGUAUCGAAAGAAGGUGGAGAACAAGAACAAGAACAUUCUCUGGCUCAUAUUCCUUUUGCAAAAGAUCCUAUGGUAUGAGGACUUGCCAAACCAAUGGGAUUAGUGGAAGGCCCUGGUGGCCUGGGCCAAGGAGGCAUGGCAGCCACUUUGAGAGAUGACAGCCAUGAAUCGGAAACCAAAUAUGAAGAAUAUGGUUAUAAUGCCCAGUUGAGUGACAGGAUUUCAUUGGACCGAUCUAUUCCUGACUACAGGCCAAAAAAAUGCAAACAGAUGUCCUACCCCAGUGACCUCUCUCAGAUCUCCGUGGUCUUUAUUUUUGUCAACGAGGCUCUUUCCGUCAUCUUGCGCUCAGUCCACAGUGUUGUGAAUCACACUCCAUCCCACUUGCUUAAGGAGAUUAUUCUGGUGGAUGACAACAGUGACAACGUUGAAUUGAAAUUCAAUCUGGACCAGUAUGUCCAAAAGAGAUACCCAGGUCUGGUGAAAAUAGUUCGCAAUAACAAACGGGAAGGUCUGAUUCGCGCCAGGAUCCAAGGUUGGAAAGCGGCCACGUCUCCGGUGGUUGGGUUUUUUGAUGCCCACGUCGAGUUCAACAUUGGCUGGCUAGAGCCAACCCUGAUGCGCAUCAGAGAAGACAGGAAGCGGAUCAUUCUCCCAGCAAUAGACAACAUUAAAUACAACACCUUUGAGGUGCAGCAGUAUGCCAAUGCCGCUCACGGCUACAACUGGGGGCUUUGGUGUAUGUACAUCAUCCCACCUCAAGACUGGCUGGACAAGGGGGACGAAUCUGCACCCAUCAGAACACCAGCCAUGAUCGGUUGUUCGUUUGUGGUAGACAGAGAAUAUUUUGGUGAGAUCGGGCUGCUUGAUCCUGGGAUGGAAGUGUACGGAGGAGAAAACAUUGAGCUUGGUAUGAGGGUUUGGCAGUGUGGAGGAAGUAUGGAGGUGUUGCCUUGUUCCCGCGUGGCCCAUAUUGAGCGCACAAAGAAACCCUACAACAAUGACAUUGACUACUAUGCAAAGCGCAAUGCCUUGCGUGCUGCUGAAGUCUGGAUGGAUGAUUUCAAGUCCCAUGUGUACAUGGCGUGGAACAUACCAAUGAUGAAUCCCGGAGUUGACUUUGGAGACGUUUCUGAAAGAGUCGCUUUGCGUCAACGUCUUCAGUGCCGGAGUUUCAAGUGGUACUUGGAGAAUGUCUACUCCGAAAUGAGGAUUUACAAUAAUACCAUCACUUAUGGAGAGGUACGCAACAACAAAGCCAGUGGCUACUGCUUGGACCAAGGAGCUGAAGAUGACGACAAAGCUAUUCUCUAUCCAUGCCAUGGAAUGUCCUCCCAGCUUGUCCGUUACAGCUCUGAAGGACUUCUGCAGCUGGGUCCUUUGGGAUCGACAACCUUUCUGCCCGAUUCCAAAUGCCUCAUGGACGAUGGGAAAAGAAGGACUCCGGUACUGAAAAAAUGUGAAGACACUCUGAGGUCGGCUCAGAAGCUGUGGGAUUUCACACAGAAUGGUCCAAUCAUCAGCCGAGACACAGGGCGGUGUCUAGAAGUAGAAAUGUCCAAGGAUGCCAAUUUUGGGCUCAGAUUAGUAGUACAAAGAUGCUCAGGUCAAAAAUGGGUGAUCAGAAACUGGAUAAAACAUGGUCAACAUUGAAUUUGGACAGGAAAAAAAAAGAUGAGCCUGGAAUCCUUUGGCCAAUUCAUGGGCACACCUCCAAGAGCUGUAAGUUGGAAGAAACUAUUAGGAGACAUCUAAGCAAAAGGGGAAAAGUGACCAUGGUUAUGACUGAUCAUGAUGGUUUUUUAAAGCUCUGAAGAUUGCCUCUCCUUUAAGGCCAUGGUAUGCCUAUGGUAGGCCACUUCAAGUUGGAAGUGAUCAGAUUAUUCUCCAUUAAAACUUAUCCCUGCAUAGAGAAAGCUGGAAUUUCUGGGGGAAAGGUUGGCUCAAAGACCAUUUUCCUUCAUGUGCAGGUUUUUCGUGUUUGGAGAAACGUUUUGUAUGGAAGACUAUUUAGUUAUGUGAAUUCCCACUUGCAGCCCUGGAAUAAGGUCUAGGACUUUGAUGGGAAUUGGAUCUAAACUAUCCUACUAUCAUUGGAUGACAUGGAAAGAUCUGUGCAAGCUUUGUGCUUUUUGGAACUCCUUGAAAAGACUGAAAAGACAGAAACAUACCGCAAAGCCGUGCUUUCCUUCCUCAUUUGAGGGACUCAAGAUGGUCUUGUGAUGGGAGGAUUUGUUAGCUUUAAGUUGCUGGUUGAUGCACAACUCCUACAGUGAACAGAAACCUGUGCCUUUUCUAUAAUACUUCCUAUCUGAGUGGGCUGGGAAAUCCCAUCACUUCAGCAUGUGGCAUUAACUAUUAUGAACAAAAUAGCCUGUACAUAAAUUAAGACAACGUAAGAGGUCACGUAUACUACAUUUCCAGUGUAUUUGCCUGGGAUUUACCAUUGAUAAUGUGUUUUCAGCAUCUGGCCCUGCCUUUUGAGUGAGCCAAGACCUCAAAGCUUAAGUCUAUUCUGGAAGGGAUCACUAGAAUGAACUGAGCAAGGCUGAAUCGGGACACGUCCAAUGUUAGUCCCAUCUGAGUCGCCGUAUUGUUUUCAGCUCCGCUGAACCACGGAUUGGGCCUAGGAAUCCGAAGUUUCGAAUGAGACACAGACAGGAUGAAGGCAAGAUCCAAAAGUGGAUGUCGGGGGAAAAGAAUACUCCCAAAUCAGGCAUAAAGGCAAUGGAUACAUACAAAGACAUUUAUAGACUUGACAUCAAUUUGAAAAAAUGGACUUUUGCUGCAAGUUGACUGGUGCAAGUGAAGAUCCCACUGCUGAUGCUGAUUGGUUCCCUGGUCUGGUGGGAAAUUUAAUAAACUGUCAUUGCAUUCUAAUCCCGUCAGUUGGAAUUCCACAGUGAGUCCCAGCUGAGGAAACAAUGAGGACCGAACACCUUGAUGGAUUCUCCGAGAAACAAAGACAGGUCAUUGGGUGACUUGGUAACUUUUCAGGCUGACUGGGAUCAAUUUACUAUUGGGUGGAAGGGUUCACUGUUGCCCAAAAAGGAUGGGAAUUGGGUGUUUGUGUCAACUGUCUGGAAGAGUGAUGGGAUUAGCCCUGUGCCGCACUUGGGUGUGCUUGUGCCACUGUGUAUAUGGGGAAAAAUAUUAUUGAAUGUCAGGUACCAGACACCUCCGCUGCUAUCCAAUUGGAUCCCUCUUGGCCAUGGAUUUUGGGGUCCUGGUUUUUGACCACUAUAAUACCAGUGAAUAAAAUAGAAAAGGUGUCAAUUUUUUCCAUGGUAACGGCCUUUCCAUACAGGUGGAGGCAGUGGUCUCAGUAUCUUUGUAACUACGUUACACAGGACUCUAAUCCAAUCCCCUGAAGUGCUCUACAAAGCAACUCUCAAUUACAUAACGCACUAAUUUAAAAAGAGCAAUGAAUUUUAUUAUAAACAUUAAUAAAGGAACUUAAAAAAUCA